UCUAUAAAUGCGGCGUACGACAGUAGUUGCUGAUUAUAUGUGCAAGAGAAAACGACCAGCUUACUUCACUUAAAUUUUGGAUGAAAAUUAUUUUGCCCAGACGACACGAUGAUGAUCAUUGGAUUGUUGAUUCUUCUACGACAACUUACGAAAGUGCAAACAAUUCCACUUAAUGUGCAAAGAACUGUUGUAAAGACGUCUCCAUCAAAAGAAGAUAUAGGUGCAAGAUUAAAACGUGCAAAUAUUCCACGCACUAGUUUACUCUAUUCUCGACAUACAUCGAAAUUUGUGAAAGUAAAUGGAAGUAAAAUCCACGCCAACGCAAACAGAAACGACGCUUAUGCCGAACUCAUUCUGACGACACGAGGUAUUAAUGGCGAGCAAUCUAUUCAAGGAAAAAAGAGCAAAAUGUUUAUAUGCAUGGAUAAAAAAGGAAAAAUUAUAAGCAUGGGAACUUUCAAAGCUCAAAGAUGUACUUUUUUACACCGAAUCAACGACGACGGCUACCACACGUUUCGAUUGCUCAGUAAUCAACGAUGGUUUCUCGGUUUUAAACAAAACGGUAGACUAAAGCAUGGAAAUAAGACAAGCCACGACCACAAGGCCGCUUGGUUGAUGAUGGAAACAUCUUGACGUCAAACUGACAGAAAUAAAUGUGUGUAUAGAUGUAUAAAAUAUUUUUGUCGACAAGAUAAUUAUUUAUUUAUUUAACUUAUUUCAAAAUAAAAUAUUCAAGUAA